AUGGUCGGCUGGGCGGCAUGUUGUCAUCCGCCGAGCGACGGCGGGAGGCGGCGGCGCAGGCCUCGGCGGGGCGUUUGGUUUCGGUUUGGCCUUGACUGGAAUUAGUGUUGACGGUCGAAAUGGGAGUCCCCAAGUUUUACCGAUGGAUCUCGGAGCGGUAUCCCUGCCUCAGCGAAGUGGUGAAAGAGCAUCAGAUUCCUGAAUUUGAUAAUUUGUACCUGGAUAUGAAUGGAAUUAUACACCAAUGUUCCCAUCCUAAUGAUGAUGAUGUUCACUUCAGAAUUUCAGAUGAUAAAAUCUUUACUGAUAUUUUUCACUACUUAGAGGUGUUGUUUCGCAUUAUUAAACCUAGGAAAGUAUUCUUUAUGGCAGUUGAUGGUGUGGCUCCUCGAGCGAAAAUGAACCAGCAGCGUGGGAGACGCUUUAGAUCAGCAAAGGAAGCGGAAGACAAAAUUAAAAAGGCAAUAGAAAAAGGAGAAACUCUUCCUACAGAGGCCAGAUUUGAUUCCAACUGCAUUACACCAGGGACUGAAUUCAUGGCCAGAUUACAUGAACAUCUGAAGUAUUUUGUAAAUAUGAAAAUUUCUACAGACAAGUCAUGGCAAGGAGUUACCAUCUACUUCUCAGGCCAUGAGACUCCUGGAGAAGGAGAGCAUAAAAUCAUGGAAUUUAUUAGAUCUGAGAAAGCAAAGCCAGAUCAUGAUCCAAACACCAGACAUUGUCUUUAUGGGUUAGAUGCUGACUUGAUUAUGCUUGGAUUAACAAGUCAUGAGGCACAUUUUUCUCUUCUAAGAGAAGAGGUUCGGUUUGGUGGCAAAAAGACACAAAGAGUAUGUGCACCAGAAGAAACCACAUUUCACCUCCUACACUUAUCUUUAAUGAGAGAGUAUAUUGACUAUGAGUUUUCAGUAUUAAAAGACAAGAUCACAUUUAAAUAUGAUAUUGAAAGGAUAAUAGAUGAUUGGAUUUUGAUGGGAUUUCUUGUGGGCAAUGAUUUUAUCCCUCACCUACCUCAUUUACAUAUUAAUCAUGAUGCACUGCCUCUUCUGUAUGGAACAUAUAUUACCAUCCUGCCAGAACUUGGAGGUUAUAUUAAUGAAAGUGGGCAUCUCAACUUACCUCGAUUUGAGAAGUACCUUGUGAAACUAUCAAAUUUUGAUCGAGAGCAUUUCAGUGAAGUUUUUGUGGACCUGAAGUGGUUUGAAAGCAAAGUUGGUAACAAGUACCUCAAUGAAGCAGCAGGUAUUGCAGCAGAAGAGGCCAAGAGCUACAAGGAAAAGAAAAAAUCAAAGGGCCAGGAAAACUUAUGUUGGGCUGCUUUAGACAAAAGUGGAGAAGUGGGAACUUCUAAGGAUAAUUUAGAAGAUGAGACCGAAGAUGAUGACCUAUUUGAAACAGAGUUUAGACAAUAUAAAAGAACAUAUUACAUGACAAAGAUGGGAGUUGAUGUAGUGUCUGAUGACUUUUUGGCUGACCAAGCUGCAUGUUAUGUUCAGGCAAUACAGUGGAUUUUACACUAUUAUUAUCAUGGAGUUCAGUCCUGGAGCUGGUUUUAUCCCUAUCAUUAUGCACCGUUCUUAUCAGAUAUCCGCAACAUCAGUACACUCAAACUCCAUUUUGAACUAGGAAAACCUUUUAAGCCAUUUGAACAACUUCUUGCUGUCCUUCCAGCAGCCAGCAAAAGUUUACUUCCUACAUGCUACCAGCAUUUGAUGACCAGUGAAGACUCACCAAUUAUAGAAUACUAUCCACCGGAUUUUAAAACUGACCUAAAUGGAAAACAACAGGAAUGGGAAGCUGUGGUAUUAAUACCUUUUAUUGAUGAGAAGCGAUUAUUGGAAGCUAUGGAAGCAUGUAACCACUCCCUCAAAAAAGAGGAGAAGAAAAGAAACCAACAUAGUGAGUGCCUAAUGUGUUGGUAUGAUAGAGACACAGCAUUUACCUACCCCUCUCCAUGGCCAGAAAAGUUCCCUGCCAUAGAACAUUGUUGCACAAGGUAUAAAAUAAUAUCGUUAGAUGCUUGGCGUGUAGAUAUAAGCAAGAACAAAAUAACCAGGGUUGACCAGAAAGCAUUAUAUUUCUGUGGAUUUCCUACUCUGAAACACAUCAGACACAAAUUUUUUUUGAAGAAAAGUGGGGUUCAAGUAUUCCAGCAAAGCAGUCGUGGAGAAAACAUGAUGUUGGAAAUCUUAGUGAAUAUAGAUUCAGAUGAACUUAGUAUUGAAAAUGUGGCUUCAUCAGUGCUUGGAAAAUCUGUCUUUGUUAACUGGCCUCAUCUUGAAGAAGCUAGAGUCGUUGGAGUAUCAGAUGGAGAAACUAAGUUUUACUUGGAAGAACCUCCAGGAACACAGAAGCUUUAUUUGGGAAGAGCUGCCCCACCAUCCAAAGUGGUCCACCUUGGAGAUAAGGAACAAACAAGCUGGACAAAAGAAGUGCAAGGAAUCUCAGAACACUACAUGAGAAGAAAAGGAAUAAUAAUUAAUGAAACAUCUGCUGUUGUAUAUGCUCAGUUACUCACAGGUCAUAAAUAUCAAAUAAGUCAAAAUGGUGAAGUUCGUCUAGAGAAACAGUGGUCAAAACAAGUACUUCCUUUUGUUUAUCAAACUAUUGUCAAGGAUAUCCGUGCUUUCGAUUCCCGUUUCUCCAGUAUCAAAACAUUGGAAGACUUGUUUCCUCCUAGAAGUAUGGUCUUUAUGCUUGGGACACCCUAUUAUGGCUGCACUGGAGAAGUUCAGGAUUCAGGGGAUGUGAUUACAGAAGGUAGGAUUCGUGUGGUUUUCAGCAUUCCAUAUGAACCCACUCUUGAUGCUUUAAUACAGAACCAGCAUAAAUAUUCUAUAAAGUACAACCCAGGAUAUGUAUUGGCCAGUCGCCUUGGAGUGAGUGGAUACCUUGUUUCAAGGUUUACAGGAAGUAUUUUUAUUGGAAGAGGAUCUAGGAGAAACCCUCAUGGAGACCAUAAAGCAAAUGUGGGUUUGAAUCUCAAAUUCAACAAAAAAAAUGAGGAGGUUCCUGGAUACACUAAGAAAGUUGGAAGUGAAUGGAUGUAUUCAUCUGCUGCAGAACAGCUUCUUGCAGAGUAUUUAGAGAGAGCUCCAGAACUGUUUAUUUAUAUAGCCAAAAAUAGCCAAGAAGAUGUGUUCUAUGAAGAUGACAUUUGGCCUGGAGAAAAUGAGAAUGGUGCUGAAAAAGUUCAAGAAAUUAUUACUUGGCUAAAGGGACAUCCUGUCAGUACUUUGUCUCGUUCUUCUUGUGAUUUACAAAUUCUGGAUGCAGCUAUUGUUGAGAAAAUUGAGGAAGAAGUUGAAAAAUGCAAGCAAAAAAAGAAUAAUAAGAAGGUACGAGUAACAGUGAAACCCCAUUUGCUGUACAGACCUUUAGAACAGCAACAUGGAGUCAUUCCUGAUCGUGAUGCAGAAUUUCGUCUCUUUGACCGUGUUGUAAAUGUGAGAGAGAAUUUUUCAGUUCCAGUUGGCCUUCGAGGCACCAUAAUAGGAAUUAAAGGGGCUACUAGAGAAGCUGACAUACUAUUUGAAGUAUUAUUUGAUGAAGAAUUUCCUGGAGGCUUAACAAUAAGGUGCUCACCUGGUAGAGGUUAUCGACUGCCAACAAGUGCCUUGGUGAAUCUUUCUCAUGGGAGUCGCUCUGAAACUGGCAAUCAGAAGUUGACAGCCAUUGUGAAACCACAACCAGCAGUGAAUCAUUCUUGCUUAAGUUCAUCGGUUACUUCUGGACAUUUGGGAGGCCUCAAUCAUUCCCCUCAGUCACUUUUUGUUCCUACUCAGGUACCCCCUAAAGAUGAUGAUGAAUUUUGUAACAUUUGGCAGUCCUUACAGGGAUCUGGAAAGGCUCAGCAUUUUCAACCAACUCUGCAAGAGAAGGGUACAGUUCUAUCUCAAGAAACAAGUCAAGUAACUCAGCAUCAUAAAUCUGGCUUUCAGGACAACAGUGUUAAAUGUCAGCAAAGAAAACAUGAAUCUCACAAAAAAUUUAAAGAAGAGUGCAAGAGUCCCAGAACUGACAGUCAGUCACAAAAAAUGUCAAAUAAGCAGAUGUUUGGAGGGUCUGCCAAAGGAAAUAUUAAGCUGCUGAAGAGAAAUGAAAAUGCGGAAGUCUCAGAAAACCAAAAGUUUGUGACUGGUUAUCCAAGUAAUGAUGAUAAGCCUAAGCCUGGAAUUGAGAACUUUUUAGCAUCCUUGAAUAUUUCCAAAGAAAAUGAAGUACCAUCAUCUCAUCAUGAAGAGCCUCCAAGUGAAGAACAUUUGUCACCACAGUCAUUUGCUAUGAAGGGAACGCGAAUGCUUAAAGAAAUUCUGAAAAUUGACAGCUCUGAUACUGUGGACCAUAAGAAUGAAGUGAAACAAUUUGGUAAUGAAGUCUCUAGUUGCUCUGCUAGAAGAGAUGAAUAUUGCUCCUCCUCCCAAUCUAAACAAAACAAGAAAUUAACAUCUUAUAUUAAUAAGCCUCACAGUGCUAGUGAGUACCAUAAUGUUCAGUCUGUGGACAAUGUGUGCUGGCCUGCUCCCAGCCAGAUCCCUCCUGUGUCUACACCAGUAACUGAACUUUCUCGAAUUUGUUCCCUUGUUGGAAUGCUGCAACCAGAUUUCUCCUUUCUUAGAACAGCACAGACAAUGACAGUUUGCCAGGUGAAAUUAUCAAAUGGUUUACUGGUACAUGGACCACAGUGCCAUUCUGAAAGUGAAGCCAAGGAAAAAGCUGCACUUUUUGCUUUACAACAAUUGGGAUCCUUAGGAGUGAAUUUCCCUUUGCCUCCACCAAUAUUCCCAAAUUAUCCUCCUACUGUACCUCCUGGAACAAUUCCUCCAGUUUUUCCCCAACCUACUGGCUGGGAUCACUAUGGAAGCAACUUAGCAUUGGGGGCAGCUAAUAUAAUGCCUUCAUCAUCUCAUCUCUUUGGUUCAAUGCCCUGGGGACCACCAGUGCCAGUUCCUGCAAAGCCCUUCCAUCAUACUUCAUAUUCUGGGAGCCUGCCCAUGUCUGGGGCAGUGCCAGGUGGCAUGCACAAUCAGUUUAUACCACUACAGGUUACUAAAAAAAGAGUUGCAAGCAAAAAGAACUUGGAGAAUAAGGAGGCCCAGAGUUCUCAAGCCACCCCACUUAAAAUGAGUGAGCCAGGGUCAUCUUCUGAUGCUGCCAAAGCAACUCCACAGGAGAGUUCAUCCUCCUUAAAGUCUCCGCAGAUUAUUCCACCUGCAUCAUCUUCUCAAGUUGAAGCUGCCUCUCAAGGCCAGAGUGUGUCUCAUCAUAAGUCAACACCAAGCUCUUCUUCAAGAAGAAAAUCAAGAAAACUGGCUGUCAAUUUUGGCGCUUCUAAACCUUCUGAAUAAAUUUGGUACUUGGAAUUAAAUUAAUUUAUUUCCUUUACUACCUGGAAUUAAAUUAAUUUAUUUCCUGUCCCACUCACCUUUUU